GCCGGUUCAGUCGGACCAGCGCCUUCGCCCGGGACGAUGUCAGUGGAGCACGCGUGAAAAAGCGUGCCGGGCGCUUCGUCGUGGUCCGCGUUCGCUCGCAAUCGUUUCCGCGAGGCCUUUUAACGAGUUGUGUUCUACUCUGUGGAUUGUUGCGGAGCCACCCUCGGUAUCUGACGACCGCUGCAACAGCAUCGAAGCCGAAGCGGGUGCAUUGUAGCCCCCCGGUGGCACCAUCAUGUCGGCCUCGCGCCUCGAGCAGAUGAGGAGCCAGUUCCAGCAGAACCUGCAGCAGCGCAGUGGUCUUCCGCGGCCAACACGAAUCCCUGGACCAACUACUACUGCCACCAAGGCUGCACCCACUGUCAAGCAAGCCACACCUUCCUCGUCACUUGUGAAUGGCCAUAGCCUGACAGCUGGAGAGGCGGUUUCACGGGCCAACAUCAAGAUUCAAAAUGGGGGUGUUCACAAGGAUGCCUCAGCCAUCAGGAAUGGUCAGCACAAUGGGACACCUCGGCCAGUGACAAAUGGGACACCUCGGCCAGUGACAAAUGGGACAACUAGGCCACAGACCAAUGGGACGUCAGCAGGCAAAACGGUUGUGGCAAAUGGCACUCGGCCCCAGACAAAUUCUCCACAGCAUACGUUACCUCCUGUUGCCAAGGGUGGUGUCCUCAUGACCAUGACAACGACCCAGCUGAGGCAGCUCACUAAUGGACACCAGAGUGGCUGUGGGUCUCAAAAGCCUGCUGCAAAGCCUGUUUCCAUGCCGCGCUUGACGUCUGCGAGCCCCAUAGCACGAACUCAAACUGUGCCAUCAAGCAGAACUCUGAGCACCACGCCACCUGCUGCCAAAGUAGUUUCAGUCGAACCUCCAAAGAAGCCCACCACUGCACCAGUGUCAAGGCAGGCUCCAUCUCGGAGCGGUACCGCACCCAUCGCCAUGCAGCAGAGGACGUCGGCAGCAGACGUCUCGAAAGUGGUGCCUCUCGAGUCUCGACCCCUGGGCCCGAACCAGGAGCGGUGUGACAUCUGUGGCCGGGGCUUCAACAAGGACCGCAUUGAAAAGCACAGGACCAUUUGCCAGAAGGCAGCAUCCAAGAAGGUGAAGGUCUUUGACGCGACCAAGAUGCGGACAAAGGGAACAGAGGCAGAAGCAUUUGUGAAGAAGGGCUUCCACAAGAAAGAAGUACCGGUGAAAAAGGCCAACUGGCGUGCCAAGCAUGAGGAGUUCCUCAACGCAGUCCGGCAGGCAAGGAUGGUGCAGGAACACCUGGCCGCCGGUGGCAAGCUGUCGGACCUGCCACCACCACCUCCAUCGGAGAACCCCGACUAUGUGCAGUGCCCCAAGUGCCUCCGCAAGUUCAACGAGACUGCUGCCGAAAGGCACAUUCCCCGCUGCAACCUCGCCCCCAAGGCGCCUUCCAACACUCCUACCAGAAGGCCAGCUGCCCUCUAUGGUCGCAAGUGAUGCGACUCUUUGUGGUUGGCCGGCCAUUGGGAGUGACUGCGGACUGUCCUGAAAGAUGCUGACAAGUCUCGAAUCUGUUCUGCUGCUGAAGUGACCAGCGAUAUAGACGUUCAGCGACCUUCUGCAACAGAGCAGUUGAUUCCCACCAAUAUUUUUAUUCCUGGUUGUUUUUCAAGACAGCAUGCCGCAGGGCAUUGUUUCGUGUCUUCCGUAAUGUUAUUUUUACAGCCGUGCAAUUUAAGAGCGAGAACUGCGAUGUUGCAUCCUGUGAAAAGGUUCCCUGUGACUGCAGCUUUUACUUCCUCCAUCAUACGUCUAAUAUAGCUUUACUGUGCUUUGCCACAGCUCUUGUUAUGCAUGGUCAUUUUCAGUGACAAUGUGAUGUAAAUAAAUGCUUUUUGUCUCGUA